AUGAUUUCCAUUCAAAAAUCAUUUAAGGAGCCAGCUUCUUCUUCCUACCAAUUUCUCGAUAAAUUAGGUUAAGGGGCUUUUGGUUACAUUUGGAAAGUCAGACAUAUUUCGAGUGGAUAGAUAUAUGCCUGUAAACUUGUCAAAAAUUAGAUGAGAAAGGAAAAAAAGUUGUUACUUAGGGAAAUAUAGAUUUUAUAUUAGCUAAAAGGCAAGAAAGGUUUUACGUAAUUAUUUGCAUCAGGUUCGGAUUUAAAUAAUACGUAUUUUGUAAUGAAUUUGAUGGGAGAAAACUUAGAAUAAAUUCGUUAAAGCAAAGGCAAUUUCAAUAAGAUCUUACCAAUUGGAUUAGAAAUAUUGUAGCUUUUGAAAGAGCUCCAUUCGGAAGGAGUAAUUCAUAGAGAUAUUAAGCCAGAGAACUUUGUGAUGCACCAAGGGAGAGUAAAUUUAAUUGAUUUUGGGUUAUCAAAGAAAUAUAUAAUUAAUGGGAGUCAUAUAAAUUACAGAGAAAAUAAGGGAAUGAUUGGCACUGCUCGAUAUGCAUCUAUUAAUGCCUUGAAAGGUAUUGAGUAAUCAAGAAGGGAUGAUCUCGAAUCUUUAGGCUAUAUGCUCAUCUAUUUACAUUAAGGCGAUUUGCCUUGGUCGAAUAUUUAUAAUCAAGACAAAGAAAUUAGAUAUUCUAAGAUAAAGAAAAUGAAAAAGUCUUUAAAAUUAGACACUUUGUUUGGAUUACCAAUUUAAUUGUCAAUAUUUAUGGAUUAUGUUAAGGACUUGCAAUUUGAAGAAGAUCCUGAUUAUGAUUAUAUGAUCUCUCUCUUUUAACAAGCGGAAAAAAGCAGUCGUGUGAUUUCUCAUAAUUAUUCUUCUAAACCAAUAAUAAAGUUAAGAUCAAUUUUAACUUAAAGGAGGAGUGUUCGUUCUCCAUCUAAAGGAGUUAAUUCAAGCAGAAAGAUUAGUUUCGAAGAUGGUACAUCCGAAGGGUCCGAAAUUGAUGAAGAAUUGUGCAAUUCAAUAUAAUUAAAACAUUUUGUAGUAGGUAUCAAAUAACCAACAAGCAGUCCAAUAUAUGUUAAAUGUAAAUGA